AUUAUGACUUCGAAUUGCUUUAGCGUUUAUAAAAGUGCUGAUAAAUAAACGGGAGAUGGGGGCAGUGCCAGUAUCCAUGGCAACACAUUAAACAGCGUUUGAAGACAGCGCGUGAAUGUCGUGAUCGACCCUUCGGUGCUCGCUCUUUCUGCUAUUGUUUUGAUAGUUCAGUUUUGAUUAUGGCUUUCUUCGGACUCACAUAUUUAGGCUAUCAGAACCCUUUUGGGGACAGGAUGGCAACAUCUACCCAAAACAAACAUACACGAGACUCAUCAGACCUGCAUCUCGGCAGCCAGAGCAGAUAUCAGGACUUCAGCAGACGCGUUCAGAGGUCUCCUAAAGAAGUGUACCGUGUACCUGUGACGGACAACCAGCAGUAUGGUUGGUGGGUUUCCACCGAUGGCCUGAAGAACCAGGAGUCUUGGACUCAAACCCGUCGCUUCCCACGCAAAAACAGCGAAAUGACAAAGUUUGUGAAUGAGAUGUCAAUGACCUGCCCAGACUUCAGCUUGUUUUGAUUCCUGGUCCAUGAAACUGUAAGACAGUAUGUUCACAUGGUGAUCACAGUCCCAUAAUACUGCAACACUGCAUUGUCACUUCGCUUUGCAGAACAGGAGGUGCAGAGGACGCACAACUCACAUUAAUGCAAGCGUAAUGUAUCCAUUGCACAUCUACGACUGUGCCAUAUUGUUUAUAGAAUUUGGUGCAAUAAAACUUAGUCCCAAUCAGUCUGUGCUAAAUGUUGUUCUUUGCAUAUACCUGCAUUAUGGUGGCUAAGUCCAGUAAUAAUAAAACGAUAAACCAUUUG